AAACAAGUACCUUCUCGCGACUGCACAGGCAGUUAAACAAAGUACAACAUCAACCUGCGCCUUUGUUGUGAGACGAUAGCAAGGCGAAAAUCCUUCGAGCUAACCAACUUGGUCAGUUUUAUCGGAGGAAAACGUGAACAUUGAUUGAAAUGAUUAGUUUUGCGUUUUAACGCAACUGAAUCCUCCCAAAGUGGGGUCCGAAGCACAUUAAGUUUAGGAAGUCAGUCGCUCUCCAAGAGGAAGUUUGACGGAUCGAGGAGGUAAAGUGAUGCUAUCAAAGCUAACUAGUGAACUGCUAGCUAGCUAUCAAUUACUCGUCCAAAACGGAUUGUUAACCGUUUAAGUACACAUGUCGUCUGCGGCAGAGACAGUGGAAAAUGCCUCCAUCAUGUCAGAGAGUGUGGCCCAUGAUGGAAACCGCUUGUGGAUUGGCAACAUCGAUCCCAAAAUCACAGAAUAUAACCUGGUGAAGUUGCUGGAGAAGUUCGGCAAUGUGAAACAGUUUGACUUCCUGUUUCAUAAGUCUGGACCUUUGGAGGGACAGCCACGGGGCUACUGCUUUGUCAACUUUAACACCAGAGAGGAGGCAGAGAGGGCGAUCCAGUGUUUGAAUGGGAAGCUAGCUUUGUCCAAGAAGCUGGUUGUGCGCUGGGCGCACGCACAGGUGAGGAGGUUUGAAGGUUUCCGUAACGACAAGACAAUGCCUCCGAGCCUAGAACCGUCAUGCAGCGGCGCGGCAGACGAUGGACCGGUAACUGCCAACCACCUCAGUACGAGUGCUAAGAUCCGCGCCAUUGAGGCCAAGCUCCAGAUGAUGGAGGAGAAUCCAGAUGAUGACUACUCGGGCCCAUCGGCCUACGUUCACAACAAACCGCCAGAGAGGAAACGCUGGGAGCCCUACUCUAAAUCCCACCACAAUAACCAGAGCAGGCCCUUCCGCAAGUUUAGGAGAUGACCCAUCCUCCCACUCAUUCUGGAGACCCCCCCCUUCCAGCCUCCACCUACACACAAACAGACUGUACGCUAGAUACUAUAAAGACUACACACAUCCUAUCGGGAAUAAAAGGUUUUGACAAUACUUUGAAAACCUGGACUCUUUAGGAGUAUUCACAGCAAUCAUGGACAAUUAUGGUUAAAAAUGGUUUUAGUUAUUUUGGGUUCACAGUAUCCGUUAUUAUUUAGUCUUAACAUAUGCCCCAUACCUGACUGCUGUGCAGGUUGGAUCCCUUAUCUGUCUGCUUUCUCACUUUUGCAGAGAUUUAAUGCAGGUGAAUCAUACAGCUGUGAGUGACAUGAUGCACCGCCGCCAGGAAAGAGACAUGUUGUUAUUAAAGAGUCUAAAUGCCGAUCUUAUUUUUCACGUUUUACUUUCAGAUCAUAUUCUUUAAAGGUGAAAUACAAAUACAUUGUCUUUAUUCAAGACGUCAGUGAAGAGGAAUAAAUACACCGAUUUGUAACAGGUUUGUAUUCAUGGAGCUCAAAUGAUAAGCCACUCAGCGACACUUACUUAAGUUGCAGUAUUUUUGUGUGACAUUUUCUUUCUUUUUUUUUUUUCUUGGAUCCAGUUUGUGUAUGACUGCAGUCUAGAGUUUUGGUAUUUCCCUUACCUUCUCUCUUUGUUUUAGUUUUUCAAUUAAAAGCUAUAAAAUAUCA